CCCCCGCUUUGCUCCUCUCACCCCUCGGAGACAAAGGUUGUCUUUUCCUGUCCCUUCGCUGCCCCCGACUGACUAAUAAUCUCCCAUCUGAACGCCUCCAGAGAAUGUGGAGUCGAUCUCCUGAUGCAUGGAUACUCACCGCACAGACUCCGAUCACCGAGCAACGGAAGCUUCUCCGCAGCAAGAUACCGCAAAUGCUUGCUACCCCUUGCUCGUGCUAAGCCCCUCUGAUUAACGCUCGAUAAGACUCCGCGGGGAUACCUUCGUUUCAUUUAUCCGUCUCUGGGUACGACGGAGCCUGUAUGGCUUCCCAACGAUCCCAAGGGACAUCAAGCCCCUCCGCGUCGUCGGUCUUCCUCCCACUCGGUCGCCGCGGUUCUCGAGCGUCUGUAUCGACCCAAGCCGAACGUGAAAGUCUACAUGCAGCCCUUGACCAAAUCCAUACCGCAGCCUAUCAGUCGGACUCCUUGACCGUUUUCAACGAUUUCACGAGCCCGCCUGCCCCGACGUCCGCAACAGACGAAAAGACCUUCUCUGGCGAGCUGCAAGGUGGACUGAGCGGGCUAUAUAGUCGUUUUAGGACCUCAGUGGGUGGGAUCGUGAGCGGGGUUGGGAAGUCUUCUGAUAAGACUCCUGCUGAAGACAGCGGCGUGAAAAGUCCCCCGUCAGAGCGCUCGUCGACCAAGCCUGCGCCUGAUUCGAUAUCAGAGUCUCAGCUGUAUCAUGUGAGCUCAUCCCAGGGAUCCAGGCUGCACUCACCAGCGCCUGGGAGCCAACAGUCCAUCCAUGAGGGGCCUCAUGUUGCUGGACCGGGGAAGAACUCCAAACAUGCCUCCAAACCGGCGAGUACAUCCUCUAAGACGAUGAUUCUACCGUCACCUGCGCUGAAAUCACCUGUGCCACCCUUGCCGAAAGCCACGGGGAGCUCAACAGCCGUGGACCCCACGGUAACCGAACUCCACGUGAAUGCUACUCAUGCUUCGGGAAAUAAUUCUUUCAAUCUGUCCUCCAACAGCCUACACACUGUGGAUUCCACUGGUACGGACAGAGAAGAGGGUCCUCAUCCGGCAUCACUGUCCUCCUCGGGUUGGAGCCAACGGCUUUCAAACUCUCCAAUCUUGCAGGUCAAAACACUUAACAGUGCCUACGAAAACCCAGGAAUUCAGGAUCUUAGCAGAUCAUCCACAGUGGGCAGUCAGGUACCUGAUAGUUUCAGAAGGUCAGAUUCGCAAGGGAUCCAUGAGAUAGAGGCUAAUUUGCCUGGUCCGCUGCGGAAGGCCAAACGAUCUAUUGAUGCAGGCCAAGAUGGCGCGUCAUUUCUUCCGGAAAGACUACGGUCGAAUUCAGGAGCCUCUUUCAACCUGGACAGGGCUGCCUCCGGGUCCAGGGCGAAUAGCGUUACUCAGUAUCCCAGCGAGGGAGCUCCAUUUAUUGAAGCACAGGUGCCGUCUGCAGUGGGUACGCCUAUACCGCUACCCGAUGGCGAGGCUCAGUUGAAGGAAUUAUCAAAGGCUUCCGCGAAACAUAAGUCCGACAGACCAUCUAUCUCGAGCUCCAGCCGUCUGCCGGGCUAUGUGACGUCCCAAGCCUCCACAGCGGACUCAGUAUCAGGCCCGCCGGCUUUGACACCAUUGAACACAGCUGUGGACCGCGUUUCCGGCACAGACGGACGAGGUUGGCGCCCGCAUGCUAGUGGUGAAGGUGUCAUGUCGCAACUCAGGAGCAAGCUACUCAGCAAGGAGUUUUGGAUGCGAGACGAAAAUGCCAAGGACUGUUUCCACUGCGGAGAACCGUUCUCCACGUUUCGACGAAAACACCAUUGCCGGACUUGCGGACAGAUUUUCGAUUCCAAAUGCACGCUCUUGAUCCCGGGAGACCGCUUUGGUCAACCGGGUACCAUACGUGUGUGCAAACCUUGUGAGGCUAUGAUCAAUGGUCAUGAUGACGACUCUUCCGAAUUUUCGGAUAGCGAACAGAGCCCCAUACCGGUGAAUCCUCGCAUGUCCGAGUUCGGCGCAGGCUUCUAUCCACGUAUCCCCUCCGAAGAAGAUGAUACAUCAUCGGUGGUAUCGCAAUCCAUAGAGCAUGUGAUGAAGACACCUACGAUGGCCAUUCCUGCAACGAGACGCGCAGGGGAAGGCCACAACCGCCGCUCGGCUGUGUUGGAAAUCAGUCCGGAUAGGCCACUGGCACGGCCGACUUCCUCAAGGUCCUUGAAGUCGACAUUGAGUGGGAGGCCUUACUCCAUGGGCCACAAGCGCCAUCAUUCUCGGCAGCAGUACAUCCGCAACUUCAAACCUUACCACGAUGACCGAGCACCUUUCCAGCGGCGCCAGGCAGAUGACGCUAGCCACGAGUCCAGGCUGCCUGCAUUUCAUAAAGAUAAUAUCAUUGACCCAGAUCUGGCACAGUACCUGUCGGAUGACGCUUCCAGUGGCGAGGAACAGCCAAAUCUCAUGUCUGCUGUGUCGGAAGGGUCGUUGUCUAAAAGCGGUGGAGAAAGCGAGCGAACCACAUUCAGUGGACUUCUAGCGGCCAUGAAGAAGGGCCGGUCCGCAUUUGGGGACCGAAGUGUUGCAGGCCUGAACCCCGAUGAUGGUAGCGUUAGCAGCUCGAGAGCGGUAAAUUUACCUCGUCCUUCCCGCCGACGCAACCUUAGUGUUGCAAGUAGUGUCCAUCAACGCCACUCUCCGAGAGCAUCGAAAGAUAGCGUGUUUAACCCCCACGAGCCAUCGACCGCCGUCCAUGUCUUCCCCACUGGGGUCUCUACAAGCGGAUUCAAGAUGACGAGGAGCUCAUCGAUGAGAGGCGCAGGCGCACCUCCGGUUGAGCUAAAUAAAGCGAGCCUACAGCACGUUCGCAAACUCCUACGGCAGCUCCUAAGGGAUGCGUCCGUGCCAAAUGCCCUGAAAUGGGAGACAGCACUGCUUCCAAUUCUCUUGAAGGCGGCGGAUGAGGUUGUACCAGACGUGCAGAGGGGCGAUGAUAUGGAUAUCCGGCAUUACAUUAAGCUAAAAAAGAUCCUAGGCGGCCGUCCAGGAGAUACCUCCUACGUUUCAGGAUUAGUAUUCACGAAGAACCUUGCUCUCAAAAGUAUGCCAAGGAGCAUUCCGCAACCCAAGAUCUUGAUAAUCGCAUUCCCCCUUGAAUAUGCGCGACAUCAGCAACACUUUAUGAGCCUGGCACCCGUCAUUCGUCAGGAGCGCGAGUUCCUUGAAAACCUAGUGAGCAGAAUAGCUGCUCUACGGCCCAACUUGCUGCUCGUGGAAAAGAAUGUGUCCGGCUUGGCCCUGGAACUGUUAGAAAAGGCCAACAUUGCGACUGCCUACAAUGUCAAGUCGUCGGUUCUUGAAGCCGUUUCCCGAUGCACUCAGACAAGAAUCAUCACGUCCAUGGAUAAACUGGUGACCACCCCAGUGCAUAGUGACUGCGGCAGCUUCGAUGUCAAGACAUAUGUUUACAACGGUCGAAAGAAAACAUACAUGUACUUAUCUGGCUGUCGCAAAGAACUGGGUUGUACGAUUGUUUUGCGCGGCGGUGAUAGCAACGUACUUGCAAAGGUCAAGAGAAUCACUGAAUUCAUGGCCUACGUGGUUUACAAUCUCAAACUGGAGACCUGUCUGAUGCGAGACGAAUUCGCGCAGAUGCCAACCUUCUCCGAAGUCGAGACGGAACAGAAGUCCGAUGCAGAGCCUAGUUCCAACGAGAAGAUGAGCAGCGCCCCCAUAAAAGACUCGGUCGCAGGAACAGACCCUGCUGGCGAGGUGCCUGAUGAUGUCCCCAUGCCAACAUAUUACGAAGAUAUCGUUCGGGACCAUGAAACCAAGGUUCUGUCUGCGUCUCCAUUUGUCAAGUUCGAGCCGCCCUACCUGCUUAUGCGUGCUAGAGAAAUGGAACGCAGAUUGGCUUACCUCAAGCGUCUCCGUGACAAAGACCUCGACCUUGACCAGACCUCGGAUGAGAAGGCCAAGUCUCAGAAGUUCAUACUGGUCACUCCAGAAAUGGUCCAUGAGGCCCCUCAAGGUGCUCCGCCUAAGGUUAAAGAAGUCUUGCGCGCAGCCCAUGAUGCCGAAUAUGAUAGAGCUCUCCAUCAUUAUCAAACACAGAAGCGGCAGUGGGAAGCUUAUGUUGCCGGAAGCGUCGGUCUCUUCGAUCCGUACGCCCACCAGAACAUUGUCGUUCUCUUCAGUCUAGUCUGCACGACAUCAUCGAUUCCCUGCUCUGGCCCAGAUCUUCUGGCCCUCGAGUACUACAACGAGCAUGGCGGAGACUCGAUAUUUGAGCCAGAUUGUACCCUCGGCCAGUAUGUCGAGGAUGUCUGUUUACACGCAAAUGCAGUGUGCACAGCGAAUGGCUGCGAGAAGCGGAUGUUUGAGCAUCACCGUCAAUAUGUGCAUGGUGAAGCCCAGAUAAGCGUUUUCACCCAGCCCUAUCCCUCUAAACUUCGAGGUCUCCAAGAUACAAUCUUGAUGUGGAGCUGUUGCAAGGUCUGCGGCAAUGAGACACAGGUCUUCCCGAUGUCCGAGAGCACUUGGAAAUAUUCAUUCGGCAAAUACUUGGAACUCUCGUUCUGGAGCAAAAACCUGCACGCUCGGGCGGGAGUCUGCCCUCAUGACUUACAGCGUGACCACCUUCGCUUUUUCGGCUUCAAGGAUGUUGCCAUACGAAUCCAUUACGACAGCAUCAAUCUACUCGAAAUCAUUGUUCCCAGGACUCGGGUUACAUGGAAAGUGGACAAUGACUUGAAGUUGAGGAACGAAGUCUACCAGCGAGUGGAACAUCGCAUCAACAGGUUCAUGGUCUCUGUUAAGGCACGGCUCAAGGGAAUCAGCGUGGAGACCGUCAUCCCGAAGCUGGCAGAAGAGUGCAAAACUCAAAUAGAGCACCUGAGCAAAAAGGCCAAUGAGGACCAUGUCGUCUUGGUGAAGCAGUUGCAAGAUAAAUACACGAAUUCUCGAUACUGGGAAGUCAUUCCUCUGAAUGAAGUGCUUCGCUCCGUCCAGGAGAAAGUUGUCGAGUGGGAUACUGCCUUUGCUGAAUUUGAGAAGAAUUUCUUCCCCUCAGAAAAGGAUAUCAGACGACUGGCCACGUUGCAGCUGAAAAAAAUCUUCCUGGACAAGGAGGUGAUUCCCGAAGAACCCCCUACCACGCCAGUGGAUCGUGAUAAUGAAGAUGCCCAAGAGUCACAACCAUUGCGGCCGACGCGUCGUAUGACUCUGUCCCCGGAGAAGGCCCAGGACGUCCUCGUAUCAGUUGUUGAAGAGCACUCGGGGAAGAAGAACGCUGCUGCGAAUCAGGGUCACGAGGCCACCAAACCCGAUGAUAUGGAAUCUGCAACCCUCUCUUCUAGCUCGGGGAGCUCGCAGUUCUCGCCCCCGCAAGCUGAGAUGGUGACGGAGAAAGACGUGCAGCAUCUUGAUCUUGCAGCACCUCUGAAUCACUCCGAACAACCUGUACUAACCCCGCCUGCUACAAGCACAAUAGACACUCCAGAGUCCCCGCUACCUAUGGUCACUUCUCCUGAGCCUGAUGUGGUGGAGGCUUCUCCUUCGGAGGAAUCGUCUAUUUCUCCCAGGAAGAAAAGUGAUGAGGUCGAAAGAACCACCCCAAGUCGCUUGCCAUCCGCUAUCCCCCGACUUGCCGAAGGUAGUAUGCGGCGCGGUGGGAAAUCGACUUCUCCACCAUUAUUCCGUUCUCAAACCCAGCCUGUUCUCGGCAAUGACGGUACUCCUGUGAGGGGCAUGAAGAUCGCAUUUGGUAGAUUGCCGCCGUCCGAGGGUGCUCCGAGUCCUCCCCUGGAAGCUAAAUUCCGGUCAUCGGACAAGAAGAUCUCCGACCGCUUCGGCCUUCACGCCUUUAGAAAUGGAAGAAUGACUCCAACUCCAUCUCUCAUACCCCGUUCGAUCCCCACCAGGAAGAACUCCUCCCGCGUAUCUAAUCUGGCCAAGCACUUUGAGCAGUUGAGCCGAGAGUUUGAGAAAGAACGCCAGCGUGAGAGGGCACGACGGGCUGCUAAGGGCACCCAUUCUCGCGCGAUCCCAAUAGCCUCCUCGAAACCCAUCGUGGAGGUAUACAAGAACGUCAGGGAGGCGGUCGAAGAACGAGAGCCUUCGGGCGAGGGAGAAGAUCUCAUACCUCCAGCGACGCACGAAAUCCAUCUGGAUCAGUCGAGCAGAAACAGCGAAGACCUACUGAGGCGGGACUCGGAGGAAGAGGAUAGAAAAGAGGUUAUUUCUCCUGAGCCGUCGGCACCGAAGGAGGACAAGGAAAACACUAACCUGGAGGAUGAACAUAUCUUGUCCGAAGUUGAAGGUGACGAUGGCCACAGUGACGAAGAUCGUGAGGGGCUCCAAAGGACCGAUUCGAAUGAUGAGAUAAAGGGGUCGCCCGAGGAUGAGUCGAUGGACCUGAAGGAGUUCCCUAAACAUGAAAGGAGCACGCUCUUGAAGCUCCUAACCAAUUUCUGGUCAGAGCGUUCUGCCAGCGGCUGGGCACCUCUGGACUACCCACUCACCAUGUCCGACCAUGUCUUCGCAGAUUGCGAUAUCAUUGUGCGUGAGGAUGAACCAAGCUCCUUGGUCGCGUUCGCGUUGGACUCCAGCGAUUACAAGGAGAAGCUCGAGGCGAUUCAAAGGCGAUACGAGGAGCCUGACGAGAAAAGCACAAUCCUGGAAGAUGGCACGGAUGGUUUGGAUGAAACCCGCGUUGAACACGCGCUUCUAAGGUCUACUGGCACGCACCUCAAGUAUCAAUUCCAGGAAGGCCAGGCCAAGAUGCUCUGCAAGAUCUUCUAUGCCGAGCAGUUCGACGCCCUGCGGAAGAAAUGUGGAGUUGCGGAGCGGAUUGUAGAGUCACUGUCUCGCUGCGCCAAAUGGGACUCAAAGGGUGGCAAAACCAAGUCCUUGUUCUUGAAAACCCUCGAUGAUCGCUUCAUUCUCAAAUCUCUCUCACCCAUUGAAACGCAGGCAUUCUUGAAGUUCGCUCCGGCGUAUUUCCAGAUCAUGUCCGAGGCGCUCUUCCACGAGCUACCGUCUGCGAUCGCGAAGAUGUUCGGCUUCUACCAGGUGAUCAUCAAAAAUCCAGCUACGGGGACGGAGUUCAACUGGUUCCUUCUGUUGAUGGAGAACUUGUUCUAUGACCGUGUGCCCACGCGGAUCUUCGACCUGAAGGGCUCCAUGAGAAACCGUAAAGUCCAGAGCACCGGAGAACGCAACGAGGUCCUCCUGGAUGAAAAUAUGGUGGACUUUAUCUACGAGACACCGCUAUUCGCCCGGGAGCACUCGAAGAAGCUUCUGAGCCAAAGCGUUUGGAACGAUACUCUGUUCCUAGGGCGUCAGAACGUGAUGGAUUACUCGCUUAUGAUCGCCAUCGACGAGAGUCGAUCGGAGCUGGUGGUCGGCGUGAUUGACUGCAUCCGCACAUACACCUGGGACAAGAAAUUGGAAUCAUGGAUCAAAGAUCGCGGAUUCGCUGGCGGUGGGAAGAACCGACCUACCGUCACCAGUCCGAAGGAGUACAAGAGUCGAUUCAGGGAGGCGAUGGCCCGAUACGUGCUCCAGGCCCCAAGCUGCUGGCAACAAUUCCAACAACCCCAGGUAUACCGAUAUGCCCCAGUCGAACACUACCCCAGCCAUACCUACUCUACCACGGACGGUGAUGUUGAGGAGAUGGCGAGUUGAGCAGGUCCGCCGCGGAUUAUUCUGUACCGAUAGACCUCAUGACGAAUAUGACUUUACGACACGACCUGAUGUAUUAAACGUUCACUCAUUGCUACACUUACACCAGCGACAUGCAGCAACCAUCCAGCUUUACGCACCACCAUCUUUGCCAUUUUCUCUUUACAAGCAAGCAUUCCUUCCACCUCAUGACUGUACGAGAACACCCCUAGACUAGCCUGUCUACCUACCUAACCAUAAUACCAACCCUCAAUCUUUAAUAAAUUUAAUCAAAUCAAACAACAAUAUAUACUCCAAUCCCACUCCAACGUAGUCAACC